UGGACCCCGGCGCCCCAGCGCCCGCUGGAGCAGGGAGCGGUUGCUGGGGAAGGCAGCCAGGACUGCUGGCCACCUGCGGCGUCGUUUCGGAGGAGGCGGCUGGCACGGAAACCCGGCUACAUGAGAAGCGAAGCUGCGCCCCAGAUCAGGUUCCUCUCCCCCGCCGUGGGCACCUCCUUCCGGGCCCAGGGAGGGGCAUGUGGUGAAGAGUCCCACCACUCUGAGUCCAGGGCUGGACGACAGUGUGGCCUUGAACCUGGAGGCCAGUGGCGAGGCCCCUUGGUUGGGAGCCUUCUUCCCAGGAGCCCAGCAGCCUCAGCUGGAACCUGCCCGGGCCGCCGAGGCCUCGCUCCGGCCCCGGCGAGACGGACCUCGGGGCUCUGUGGGAUUCAGUUCAAACUGCCCAAUAGGCUGACCAGGUUGUGCGGCCCUGGGUGUCAGGGGGAGCUCCCACCCAUGGACAGUGCUGAGGCUUCUGGCCCUUGUCAUGAUGCCACCUGCGGUGAAGGAGCAAGGAACACUCAGACCAAAGUCUGUCCAGCCCCAGAGGAGGUGAGUGGCAGCAGCUGCAGCCCCGGAAGUGGCCCCAAGGCCCCCUCAGCCCCUGCCAGCUCCCAGGAGGCCUUCACCUCCAGCUUCAGCUUCAUCCAGCUCUCACUCUGCGCUGCCGGGGAACGUGGAGAAGCCGAAGGCUGCCCACCAUUCAGAGAGGCCGAGGACGCGGAAGCCAAGGCUGCCGGCUUGGACAGGCUGCAUGAGGACCCCAGUCUUUUCUCUUCCGCCUUCAGUCUCAAGGCUCCUCAGGGCUCUGCAGACUCUGCCCAGACUGCAGGGGGCAGCCCCGGGCUGGCGUGUGAGCCCCCCUCUGUGCUGGACAUAGGCGCUGCCUCCCGCUGCUCCCAGGGCCCCUCGGCCUUCGAGGGCGAUGCUCUGCACUGGGACCUGCUGCUCCGGAAAUGCGAGCCCCUGCUGCUGGAGUGUCAGCUCAGCAACCGCAGGCAGCUGGAGGUUAACUCCUUAAGAUUAAAGCUACAGAAACUCCAAGAAAAAGCCAUUGAGGAGGAUGAUUAUGACAACGCUGAGGUGUUAAAACGAAGACUAGAAGACCUGGAGAAGGAGAAAAGCAGCUUGCACUUCCAGCUUCCUUCCAGGCAGCCGGCCCUGCGCAGCCUUCUGGUCUACCUGGGAGCACAGGCAGAGGCCGCCCUGCGCCAGGCCACUCAGCAGGCGGGCGGCGAGGACACCCCAGCUCCGCUCCGAGCGGAGCCCCCAGCUCAGGACCACCUGGGCGUGUCCAUCACCAGGCGAGACUGGCUUCUUCAAGAAAAGCAGCAAUUGCAGAAAGAAAUCGCAGCCCUCCAAGCCAGGAUGUCUGUGCUGGAAGCGAAAGAUCAACAGCUGAGAAGGGAAAUAGACUUGCAAGAGCAGCUUCUCCUUUGGCGGGGCUGCGACCUGAGUCCCCUGCUGGGCCGGCUGUCCCCUGGCGAGCUGCAGGAGGUCCGAGAGGCUGUGCAGGACACCUUGGCCUUAGCCAAUCAGAUCCCCCUCCCUGCAGGACCCCCCGAAAGCAUAAGGAGCCUCCAGGAAAGGGUAAAACCGCUCGCCCUGUCGCUGAAAGAGAUCACUGCGAAGGUGUGCAGGACCGAGAGGCUGUGCGGCACUCUCAGGAAGAAAGUUCACGAAAUUGAAACCCAGCUACCGGCGCUGCUUGAAGCCAAAAUGCUCGCCGUAUCAGGCAGCCAUUUCGGGACAGCUAAGGAGCUCACCGAGGAGAUCAGAGCGUUGGCCUCGGAGCGGGAAGGGCUGGAGGCACUCCUCCACACGCUGUCCGUGCUGAGCUCCAGGAGCGUCCGCAAGCUGGGGAGCGUUCGAGAGGAUUACAGCCGGCUGCGGAGGGACCUGGACCAUGGGAAGGCGGCCCACGAAACCAGCGUGAAGGAGAAGGCUGUGAAGUACAUGGACGUGCUCGCGGACAAACUGCGCAGCUGCACGUGUCCGCUGCUGGGAAGAGUGUGGGGAGCUGACUUGGAAGCUUGUCAGCUGCUUCUCCAGAGCCUGCAGCUCCAGGAGCCCGGAGGUUGCCCGUCCGCAGCAGAGGAGAAGCUGGUGGAUGACUCAGGGGGGGCUGCCUGUGCCACAGUCCCCGGCUGCUGCCCCCUGCCCUGCUCUGGAGAUGAGAGGAGGGCCCCGCUGCAGGCGCUCAGCCGCGAGUGGAGGGCUCAGCCCGCCCCCUCGCCUCCCUGUGCCGACAACAAGCAGAAAGAGGAAUUGGACAUCAUUUCUGCAGAACUUGGAGAAAAAUGUGAAGCCAUAGGCCAGAAAUUACUAUACUUGGAGGACCAGCUUCACGUGGCGAUCCAGAACCACGACGAAGACCUCAUACAGUGUCUCAGGAGGGAGCUGCAGAUGGUGAAGGGGACUCUGCAGGCCAUGAUCCUGCAGCUCCAGCCGGCGAUGGAGGCCGGAGAGAGAGAGGCAUCGGCUUUCUGUGCCACAGCUGGUGUCUGGGACGCACUGGCUUGAGGCGUGCGGGGCAGCGGAAGCAGAAUGGAAACCAGACAGCGAUUUGGCUCCCGCCUGCCUGUGCCGCUGUCCUCCAGGUGCGUUACCCAAGGUGCUAAUGAACCCCAGCACUGGCGGCCACAGCUUCCCCUGCGAUUCACCGCCAUCGCAAACUCACACCAAAAGUUCCACGAGGUGCCUUUCGGGCACCAGCCCGUCUGUCAGGGGUACGGUGUUGCUGUGUUCCGUGUGGCAGACCUGUCCCCUGGCAGACCAUCGGGGCCUUCGGAAAUGCUCCCACGGUGUGCGCAGGAAGGGAGCACGGGGCGGGAGUGGCUGAGGCAAGGAGCGGACUUUUGAGUCCCUGCCUCCCUCCCUCCCUUCCUUCCUCCUGAACCUGUUUCACACAGUGUCGGAUGGGACAUUUGUGUAGAACCUUCAGUGCAGUGCAGUGCUCAGUAAGACAAGACAGUGCUUGGCUAGGCAGUGUGGCACUCACUGAGACAGGGUAGUACUCACCGAGACAGUGCAGUACUCAGUUAACAGUACAGUACUCACUGAGAGUGCAGUACUCAGUUAACAGUACUCACUGGGAUAGGGUAGUACUCAGUUAACAGUACAGUACUCACUGAGACAGUGCAAUACUCAGUUAACAGUACAGUACUCACUGAGACAGGGUAGUACUCACCGAGAGUGCAGUACUCAGUUAACAGUACAGUACUCACUGAGACAGGGUAGUACUCACUGAGACAGUGCAGUACUCAGUUAACAGUACAGUACUCACUGAGACAGGGUAGUACUCAGUUAACAAUACAGUACUCACUGAGACAGGGUAGUACUCACUGAGACAGUGCAGUACUCAGUUAACAGUACAGUGCUCACUGAGAAAGGGUAGUCCUCACAGAGUAGUACUCAGUUAACAGUACAGUACUCAGUGAGACAGGGUAGUACUCAGUUAAUAAUACAGUACUCACUGAGACAGGGUAGUACUCACUGAGACAGUGGGUUCUCACUGGGACAGUACAACACUCACUAAGGCAGUGCAGUGCUCAGUUAGGGGGCAUUAGAGCCCCUCCCUGCCGAGGCAGCCGUGAAGCAGGCUGAGUCUGGUUCAGCAGCAACCCCCACGGUGCACAGGGUGUUGGGGGGGAGGUGGACUCCCAGACAUGCUGCAUGAACAGGAGGUCCUCACUGGUCGAGGACAUUUGGGAAACACCCGGGUCGUAAUUUCUGCCUGGAGAGCCAGAGCACAUGGGGCACUGGUCCACGGGGGGCCUUUGGAAAAAGACCCCGUGAUUUUUGUCUGACUCCACACUUCCUGAGUUUGAUGGAUCAUAGAAUUUUUUUCCUUUUAACCCUAGUAGCCCACCGAGCUCGCGCUGUGCAGCACUGUCCACAGGGCACGGCCAAGUGCUGAUUUACAUCCUGAGCAUGUGUGUGUGUAUGUCUUCGAGCCCAGACUCCGAUUCCCGCAGAGCAGUGACUUUCUGUACGUGACACGUUUCAGGGGUCAUUGAUCCUUUGUCUUCCAAACUCUUCUGUUCUUCCGCCUACAAGAUUCGUGAUGCUCCUGCCUUCACAAGGAUGCGUGGACGCGAGGCAGGUUUUGUCAUUUCCUGCUGUCACGCUCUCGUUUCCAGAAGGCAGCUGGCGCUUUGCUAGCCUCCCGCGCGGCGCCCACUCUGCCCCCCGUCAGGAGUCGCCCUGCGGAAGCUGGUGCUUGGCCAGUCUCCAGGGAACGAAGCAAAGCAGCCUCUGAAUUCACUGAUUGUGUUUCCCACAGCCUUUUCCUGAGCAUUUUUGAUAAUACACGUUUUAAUAAUAAGCAAAAUUAACUUGUCUCAGGAAUUCUUGGUUUUCAGUGAUGAACCAAAUUCCUGAGUUACUUACAAUGACAUCUAAAAAUGACCAGUUACUAGUCACAUGGCAUUCAGAAUCCUUGAACCCUUGAAUUAAUUUCAGGGAACAGAAUUUAAGAGAGUUGGGACUGACCAUAGUGCCAGUAUCGAAUCCUUCCUUUGCCACAUGUCAUUUUAAAAGACUCCCAGACACAAGACGUCUUUCAAGUCACUAACUCAGGUGUUUUGCAUCACUCAAAACUAUUGCGGGUAUUCCGUGAGGUCACGCUGUGCUGGAGAGCUCCGCAGGCUAAUGGCUGCUUGGAGUUGGGCCCCAAAUAAGGGCUCUCCCGCCCACCCCCACCCCUAGGGGGCGGUGUGUUCUCUUCCUGGCUGAGAUGUCCGACCACGGUUAAGCGAGGCAGGUGAGUGCCGCUCCCACCGGUUGUUGCAACUUCUCUGCCGUCUGCCGGUCUGGAGGCAGCCAGGAAGCCAGCCAAGCCCAGGGAGCUUCCUCUGGCCGCACGGCCUUCUCAGGACAAGCCCCCUCUCUUCGGCCACUGUGGCCCUGGAAGACCUGGGCCUGGGUAUCCCAACCCAUAACACAGGGGAGUUUUUGCCAGGAAAACAUAAACAGAAAUGAAUGCUUGGAUUUAAAAGCAACAAGACAAGAACAACAAAAAUGUAAGCUUUUGUAGAGACAGCCAAGACCAUGAGUGAAAGAGCAGACUGAGAAUGAUGAGUUUAGAGUCUGGUCUCUCUGCGAUGACACGGUGUGACGAUGAACAGUGUAUUCCGCUGUGUACCAGUGAGAUGCGGGCGUUUCAACGGCUGCCUAAGUACCUUGCCCCAGCCUGGGUUGGGGCACCUCCCCAGUCAGCACCAAUCCCAGUUCCUGCGAACUUCUUGAAACCGGAUGUGGUUCAGUGAGUUGGGCAUUAUCCGCAAACCGAAAGGUUGACAGUUCAAUGCCCAGACAGGGCACAUGCUCGGGGGGGCCCCCAACUGGGGGCCUGCAAGAGGCAACCAAUGGAAGUUUCUCUCCCACAUCCAUGUUUCUCUCACUCUCCUGGCUCCCUCCCUUCCCCUUUCUCUAAAGAUGAGUGAAAUCUUAAAAAAAAAAGAUGAAAAUGAUCUUUUCCCAAACUGAACAGGUGUGUAAGAUGGGGAACGUCCCUUCCUGUGCAGCUGGCCUGGUCUCCCCACCCCGUGGGAACAUGUUGGGGCUCACCGGUCUGCACUGGGGUUGUCCUGAGCCCUUGAUAAUCGGUGUCCCCUUCAAUUCUCAUGUCAGCCUUAGGAGGUGGGUGCUGGAGGUGAUGGUGCUGAGCCUUGGGAGGCCAAUGGACUUCCUCCAGGACGCAGAGCUGGUCGGCAGCUGAGCGAGAGGGACAGAGACAGCGGGGCGCUCCCAGCUGGUGCUCUUCGUGAGGUGCCCUCGGUGUCGUUUUGGGACCUCGAGCCGUGGAGCUUUGUUCAUGUCUGAACGCAUGGGCACCCUGGGACCCUUCCUCGAGAGCCGGAGAAGCUGAGCCCAGGAAUCCUUGGCUUCCCACCCCCAGGUGGGCCCUGCUCUUCUGCGGCUGUGAAGUCUCGGCUCGGACAGGCUUCCACACAUCUACCCACCGUCACCGUCCCCACCAGCCGUUCAUUCUGCAUCAGCUGCAGAAGCCAUGCCAGCAGCAGCCACUGCCGCCUGACCCUGGAUGUCCUUGAAAAUCCCCGUCCUCCUGGUGGUCAGAAAGCCAUAAGAAAGCAGCCCUGUGCUCCUCGGCCCAUGUGGGGUCUUGGAAAGACAACUAAAUGCUUUGAUUUUGAACAUCCUUGCCUUUCCUAAUCUUUGGUUUUUUGUCCUGUAAUUUAUUGCUUCAUGCAGUUGACUUUCUCUUACAUGAAAUCCAAACUGAUACCCACAUCAGGGUGCACCUUUGACUCUUUUUUGUCUUCGGGAGGAUAACAGAAAAAGCUUGUCAGGGUCAUUCAUUGCAUCCUUUUGUGUAAUUGCACAGUAACUUAUGUUGCACAGAACAUCUCUAAUAAAGCGAUGCUUUGCAGUGGA